AAAGUGUUACCAAAAUGGAAUCUGGUAUCUUGCUCCAAUCACAUUUUGUCUGAUAUUGAGAUUUGGUUAAAAAAACACAGUGCUUGUCAUGCAGAAAUAACUGUUUAUAAAUCUCAAAUGCAGGAACUUCUCAUAUGUGAAAGUGAAAUUUGUUUAAAAGUAAAAAUUGAUACAUUGAGACCUUCAUGGAGCGAAGCAUUCUCAAUUUAUUUUUCAGAUCACUUACACUCACGUAUUUUAAUAUCUUAUAUUGGUCACCUCAGGUUCGUUGGUUUAACAGAUAAUAUAAUUACAAAUAAUGUAUCAGAAUCACUAAAUGCUGUCAUUAAAAAGUUUCAGGAUUGGAAAGAAGCGCCUGUUGAUUCGAUGGUUGUUGCAAUGCAUCGCCUUCAGACCUUCUAUUUGACAGAAAUUAAGCGGAGUUGUAGUGGUUUUGGACCCUACACUCUCGUUGACAGCAGUCUCCUAAUCAAAAAUGCAGAUGACAUACCAAAAGUAGAGAGUCCAGAGCUUGUUAUUGCGGAGCUGCAAGCAGCUGCCAAUAUACCAAUACAGCAAUUCAUACCUCCGUCAAUAUGUGUGCUUUCUAACACAUUUAAUGUUGUACAUGUUCCAAGCCUUAAAGUUUUUACAGUCUCUGCCCCUGAUGGAAAUGCGCAUGUUGUGAAGCUGUAUCCUAAGGAAAACUGCACGUGUCCUUCUUCAACAAUGUGUUGUCACAUACUAGCUGUUAAGCGCAGCAUUGGAGUUGAAUGUAGUGAACGAAAGAUCAUAAAUUUGACCAAAUUGCGGCGUAACUCACGGUAAAUUAAAUUACUCUGAGGUGCCUAAUAAAAGAAUAAUCCUAAUAAACAGGGAAAAAAUUAGAAAAAUAAGA